AUGGCUCGAACUCAAAACUGGUCACUCCUCCGACGCCGUUUCAAGACGGCCGUGAAGAAGUUGAGCUUUCUACUAAACCUUCUAAAUGCAAGCAAACGGCGCUUAGCUUCAAUAAUGUGUGGUACUGGUACUGGUGGUGGCUGUUUCAACCGGCGGUCACGGAGCUUUGAUUACGAUCGAUGUUUAGGGUUGCGUUGUAUUGAUGAUGAAGAUGAAGAUGAAGAAUCUGAUGAGAGUAGCUCGGUUCGAGCUCUUCAAAGAACAAGAAGUUAUGUUUAUUCUUCUGAUGAUGAUAUUAAUAGGCGGGCAGAUAUCUUUAUUUCUAACUUCCGUCGCCGACUUUUUUAUGAACGACAAGUUUCUUUGGAGCUACGUUACCGUCGAGGAACCAAUUUCGAUUAA